AGUCCUUCUCGAUUUCCUUCAGCAUGACCCGUAACAGACUCGGAUAAAUUCCUGGGCUUUAAAGCGGGACGGUGUCGGGCAGUCCGGCAAAUUACAAUUGGUCGAUCUCUGCAAGAAAAAUCCAGUCUUUUACCCUUUGCGAUGGCCGGCGGCGGUUGGUCCUCCCUCCCCUUCGAUCUCCUCCAGCAGGUCUCCGGCCGCCUAACCUCCGAGCGCGAUCUCCUCCACCUCCGCCAGGUCUGCAGCCACUGGCGCGCCUCCACCUCCCUCCCGGUCGCGCCCUACCGCCCGUGGGUCGUCGCCAGCCGCGCGAGGCCAAUCAUAGUGGGCCCACUCGGCGAGUACUCCCUCUGGCUCCCCCGCGGCCUCCAGCGCGUCCAACUCGCCGGCCCGCCCGGCCUCCCCUACUGCUGCGGCACGCCGCGCGGCUGGCUCGCGCUGGCGGACGACGAGCUAUCCCCCACGCGGCUCGUGCUGUGGGAGCCCCGCUCCGGCACCGAGAUCCCGCUCCCGCCACUGGCUCGCGUCAUCCAGGUCUUCCUCUCCGCUGACCCGCUCGACUCGCCGUCGUCGGGCUGGAUGGCCGUCGCGACGCAGCUCAGGAACGAGGUGAAUCAUAACAUCUUUUUCUGGCAGCCUGGAGACGCCGCCUGGAGCGCGGCGGCCGGGUUAGGUACCAGUCACAGACUCCACAGCGUCGCGUUCCACGGCGGGAAGAUGUACUGCAUGGACUACCCGAAACGGUUCGCCAUCUACGACCUCAAUCUCGGGACGGCGUCUCCUCCGGUGCUUCUCCAUCGCAAUUAUGCUGCACCUCUGCUUAACAUGCUGUGCAACCGCAGGUGCGGCAACAAGCUGCACGGCACGCGCGCGGCGCACUUUGUGACCUGCAACAACGAGGUGCUGCUCGUCGCGCUGUUCUACGACCGCCACCCAUCCUUCGCCGAAGUCUACAAGCCGGACCUGACGCCGGGUCGGCGUCUGGAGUUUGGCGAGAGAGUGACGGACCUUGGCGGUUACUCGCUCUUCCUGGGCCGGGGCGACGCAUUCUCCCUCUCUCCUGAAGAGUUCCCUGCAAUCAGGAGAAAUUGUGUCUACUAUGCGGUGCACUUUCUUAAUACCCAGAUAAAGGAUUGGGUAUUUGUGUUCGAUUUGGAAUCGGAUGUUUUAGAGGAAUUCCCGUUUCCUCCGGAGCAUAAGAAGGACCCUUCAAACGAAUGGUGGCCGGUUUCCUGGUUUUGUCCCAAAAGGCCAAUUUUUUUAAGAGCAGGGCACAAGCCAUCCAAGAGGUUGGGUCUGUGGAUUUCUCGCUUCUCGGUUCUGUUAGCAAGAUGCUCAUAUUGUGAUAUAUUGGUUUGUGAUCAGCAGUUAUAUAUCUUAAGGGCAUAUAUACUGAAGAUGUACCUGAGCCAGUCCUCCUCUGUGCAACCUUAACAUUGUAUUGUGCACUAAAUGAGAACUGCGUGUCAUUAUAUGAUGCCUUGCCAAUUUCUGAGCGUUGACUGAGAGCGGAGGCUGUCGUUUGGGUCCAAGAGCGUUGACUGAAAGGCGCAAGCAAUUCAAGAGGUUGGUGUCUGUAGGCUUAGUUCUGCAGAGUUCUCGAUUCUGUUAGCAAGAUGCUCAUAACUUGAUUUAGUGGUUUAUGAACGGCAGUUAUCUUGAGGGUAUACUUGAAGAUGUUCCUGAGCCGAAAGGUGUAAAAGCUGCAAUGGAAGUGCAAGUUGGGAGGGGAGCACAAAGCUCCUUCAAGAAAGAGGGUACUGCAUUUUCAGAACAUGGAUAACAUUUCAGGUUAGUUCAUCAUAUUUCAGAACAUGCAAUGACGACUUCAACAGCAGCGGAGGAUCACCAGUUCUUUUUGCUAGAUAUAAUUCACUGCAUCACUGCCGCCUAGUGCCCGGCAUCACUGCACCGCCCAGCUCCCUGGAGGAACUGUGUUCCAUGGUGACUGCUGCCUUUGACCCCUGGAAGCCCGCUCUUUGCAACAACAUUCUCCUGCUGCUGCUGUGGGUUAUUUGGAAGCGGCGCAAUCGCAAGGUCUUCGACAACAUUGACAUGCCCCUUGUAGUGACGGCUUGGAUGAUCGAUGAUCCCCUGCAUCUCUAGGUGAUCCAUGCCAAGCGCUCUGAUUCCGAUGGACGAUAUCAUG